UUCCCAGGGACGAGUGACAGUGACACCGCCUACUCAGCUGUGUGUUUACGCAUUAGGCACGAGCUCUCAUUCCACACUGUACGUGAUAGAGGCUGGCCGCGGGUGGUGGCAUGAAGACUGAAGAGCAGUGAUGAUAUCCAGGAAGGGUCUUCAUUUUGUUGGACGGACGAUGAGAUUUACCUUGGCAGAGAACUCACAACCACUGAGGACUGGAGGAAAAAAGUCAACACAACGACAAUCAUUUCAGAGACACGAUGGCGUCCAUAUCAGAGGAGGAUCUCUCCUGUCCGGUCUGCCAUGACGUCUUUAAAGAUCCAGUUGUCCUGACAUGUAGCCACAGCUUCUGUAAAGCCUGUUUGAAGAACUGGUGGAAAGGAAAACAAACACACGAGUGUCCAGUUUGCAAGAGGAGGUCAUCAAGGAGUGAUCCUCCUCAUAACCUGGUGUUGAAGAACCUGUGUGAGAGUUUCUUAGUGAAGAGAGAUCAGAACGUUUCAGCCGUGUCUGAGACUUUCUGCCGUCUGCACUUUGAGAAACUUAAACUCUUCUGUCUGGACCAUCAGCAGCCAGUGUGUGUCGUCUGCAGAGAUUCAAAAGCACACACCAACCACAGAUUCAGACCCAUUGAGGAAAUCACAAAGGAUCUCAAAGAGGAGCUCCAGAAAGCUCUGCAGCCCUUUCAGGAGAAGUUAAAGACUUUUGAAGAAGUUAAAGUGAAGUUUGAUCAAACAGCAGGACACAUGAAGGUCCAGGCUCUACACACAGAGACGCAGAUUAAGGAGCAGUUUAAGAAGCUUCACCAGUUUCUAGAAGAGGAAGAGGAGGCCAGGAUGGCUGCACUGAGGGAGGAAGAGGAGCAGAAGAGGAGGAAGAUGGAGGAGAAGAUGGAGGCUGUGAGCAGAGAGAUAGCAGCUCUUUCACACACAGUCAGAGCCACAGAGGAGGAGCUGAGAGCUGAAGACGUCUCCUUCCUGCACAACUACAAGACUGCAGUGGAGAGGCUGCAGCGCCCCCUGCUGGAGGAUCCACAGCUGCCCUCAGGAGCUCUGAUAGACCAGGCCAAACACCUGGGCAACCUCAGCUUUAUUAUCUGGGACAAGCUAAUGGAUUUGGUCACCUACACUCCUGUGAUUUUGGACCCAAACACUGCUGUUCCAGAACUCAUCCUGUCUGAAGAUCUGACCAGUGUGAGACGAGGAGAGAGACAGGAAUUUCCUGAUAAUCCAGAGAGGUUUCAUAAAUACUACUACUCAGUCCUGGGCUCUGAGGGCUUUAACUCAGGGACUCACAGCUGGGAUGUUGAAGUUGGAGGCAGUGCAUGCUGGUUUCUUGGUGUAGCCUCAGAGUCCAUCAAAAGGAAAGGGAUAGCACGGUCUGGAUUAUGGAGAAUAGGAUUCUCUAAUGGAAAAUACAAAAUAUUCUCCCCAUCAACAGAACCAAGUGAUCUCUCAGUGCCAACGAAGCUUCAGAGGGUCAGAGUGCAUCUGGACUGGAACAGAGGAGAGUUGUCGUUCUCUGAUCUUGACACUAACACACACAUACUCACCUUCACACACACUUUCACUGAGAGGAUGUUUCCAUACAUUAGCAAUAAGGAUAAAAUCCCUAUAAAGAUUUUACCAGAAGCGGAUCAGGACAACGCUGAUGGUUGGUAGCAAAAAUAUAGAUCCUUAAAUUAAAGAGUCUUGUAAUUCAAUCUACUUUAAUAGAUAUAUAGAUAGAUAAAUAGAUAGAUAUUUAUUUUAUUCAUUUCAAAAUUGGAAGAACUGAAACAGAUUUGUUAUAGUCAUUCUCUUGUACUUUUUUGUGACGCAUGUGGAAAAACUGUCUCUACAGAACGUGGAGUGGAGAUUAGCUGCCAGUGGUGUAAAGUAACUAAGUACAUUUACUCAUGUAUUGUACUCAAGCACAAUUUUGAGGAACUAUUUACUUUACUUGAGUAUUUCAGGUUUUUGCUACUUUGUACUUCUACUCCACUACAAGUCAGAGGUAAAUGGUGUACUUUUCCUCCACUGCAUGUAUUCAAUACCUUUAGUUACUUUACAGAUGUGGAUGAAUGAUGUGAAAUCUAAUCAAGUGUUAAAUCAGACUUUAGUUCCACCUGGAGUAAAUCCACCAGCUACCCUGCAGUAUACAAAGUCAUUCAAACUAGCUGCACCUUCACCAGCUUUGAGAACACUUUCAUGAUCAAUCAUUAUAAAACAUAUCAUAUAUAUUAUUCUGAAAUGGACCAAUCUGCACAACGACUACUUUUACUGUCGCUUUAUCUAUAUUUUGAUGAUAAUACUUUUCUACUUUCACUUGAGGAACAUUUUGAAUGCAGGACUUUUACUUCCUACUUCCACUCUGAUUACACGAGUACAAGAUCUGAGUACUUUUUCAACCUCUGCUAAAAGUGUUUUUUCUCUGCUUCCUCUCUUUCUCCGUUAAAAUCAUGCUCAUUGGGAGUGCCACAGGGCUCUAUUCUGGGGCCUCUGCUGUUCAGUUUAUAUAUCAAUUAUCUCCCAUUAGUUUGUGAUGAAGUAAAAACAUGCACAUGUAUGCUGACAACACGAUCAUGUACACUGAUGGAGGAUGUUGAACAAGUCGCCAAAAAACAAUGUAUCCACAGUUUAGAGUUAACAGAUAAAUCUGUACCCCUCUAAAGUGCUAUCUGCUAUUUCCAUUACAGCCAUAAAUCAUUGGCUUAUAUUUGCAGAUGAUUUUAAAUCUGCAGAGACUUUCACUCUUUUUAAUUAUUCAAGUGUUUUAAAGGAAAUACAUUGGGAUGUUGUAUUUGUACUUAUAUGUGUAUGUGCAGGUCUUUGUACAGUAUGUUGAUAUGGCUUUGAUCAGUCCGUACAAUUCUUAAUGUCAUGAAGACUAUUUACUGUUUGUAGUGUGUCUUGAAUGUAGUAUGUGUGUACCUGCAGAUAUAAUAUAAUCUGUGAUAAAUCUUCUCUGCACUUUAAAAAAAUUAUUAUUUGACUGUCACCUUCUACGUCUUUUUAGGUCAUAAAUCAGGUGAGAGGUAAUAACUUUCUCAUAGACUUCUAUACUUCUUUUGCUUUAGAGUAGUGGUGUCGCCGACUGCUGGCCACUUGAACAGAAUAAUGACU